CAAAUCAAACCCACCUCAUUUCCUAGCAACGGUCCUUGGAUACGAGCUGGAGGAAGCGCGCUCGCUGUGGCGGACUGACAACAACACAACAACAUGGAGCCUCUUCGGCAAAGGGGGGAGGCUUCUUCUCAGACGUCGGCAGAUGAACUGGAAGCUCCAAGUCAAAGCCUUGCCAGUCCGGAUCAGACACAGCCCAGACUGGAAACGGAUGGCCUGGAGCUUAGAGAGCCAUGGAGGUGUGCUUUACAGCCAGAUUUUCAGGACAGUAACCUCUCUCCAGCUCUUCACCUGCUGCCUGCAGACUCUGGAGUGGAACACAACUUCACUGAAUACUCUUUAUUUCAUCAAAGUGAGAAUGAAUUUGUUCCUCUAAGGGCAUACCCUGACAUUUCCAUGGCGUCAGAGAGGUCACACUUCCCCCCGAAUAUCUUUAGUCAGGCUUCAGAGCGUGACUCACUAUCCCAGCACCCUUUGACCCAAGCAACCAUCCUGUCUGAAGAAGGAGCCAGCAGCUGCUGCUCUCUUUCCCAGCACAGUUUGUCCCCAAGGAACAACAGCAAAGGGAAAGAAAGGCAGGGACAGGGAGUAUCGUCCAGUGAUGACUCGUAUACCAAAAAGAAGGACUUUGAGACGCUUCCUAAGCUUUCUGACAAAAGAACAGGAGACGCUGAUGAGGAUGAGACUUUCUUUCUGAGUAAAGAUGUUCCUGCCCAGCAUCUCCUGGACCUCCUUCAGAAAGACUUUGGCAUGCCGAGCAGCAGUAGUAGUGCUGUUUCCUCGGCUUCUGAGACCUCACUGAAGACUGCUGCAUCUUUUGCAGAGCAGGUUAAAAGCACUGAAGUCUGCAAACCAGAUACUGACCAAAUCACAGCUAGAAGAGAGGGUCCUGCAGGUGAAGUGUCUCUUCCACAGAGACGGACACAACCACUUGAAAGAGAUUUAUACUCUACCCAAUCACCAAGACUGCCAUCCGAGGUCUGUAAUAUCACAAUGGGGCAUCGCAGCACUCAACCUGAUGAGAGCAGUGAGAUGUUACACAGAGAGCUGCUGAGCGAGGUAGAGAGGCGCAACAGCUGUGAAGCUGCGUCUAAAAACAAACAGCAGAAAAGUCCUACACCACCGAGUGAGUCUUUCACACCGUAUCCCCAAGAGAGGAAUGAAGGCAAGCCAAGUGUGAGCAAAGCAAAUGUGGGUGGCGGGCCAUGGACAGGGCCAUUUUCAACAGGUGUGGAACGGGGCCUCAGAGAGCAUGACCUCUGGUCCUCGGGGAACCAAACAGGGAUUGAUGGGUCCUACCUGGGUUUCCUUCCACAGUCUCAGUCCACUCCAGGAGUUCUUAAGGCCCCGCCCAAAUCCACUGUCAAGCUUAAAAUAGGGCAACUUUCCGACAUAGAAUCCAUUAAAGAGAACUCACAUCAGUCGAGCACGGGGAUGUCUUCACAGCCAGCUUUACCCGGGCCUGAUGUUCAGAGUCCAGACACAGAAAAUCAGAGACAAGAGGAGGUGACCUCAGCAGAAGUCCAGUCUCUCCCAAGUGUCAACUUUAUGCAGAAAGUAGACGCUUGGAGGGCAAACCAGAGCUCAGGCAAGACGUCACUAUUUGACAGCUUAGCACUGCAGGGGUUCUCUGGAGUCUCCCCUAAAAAGAAAGCUUACGAAGCAGUGUCUGAUACCCUGAACCGCAUCCUGAGCGAGCAGGCGAGGAGUUUACAGCAGCCUCCCGUUUCAAGUGCGGCCAAUCUGAAUGCCACACAGAGCUCCUCCGUGGAUCCCUCUGCCUCUUCUCCGAGAAGAGGGGAGGCUGUGGGCAGCGUUCCCAAUGAGAAGAACAACACGAGACCUUCUGCCUCACCUUACGGCAGGUCUCAGAGUCACUCCUCUAUUAACACGGUCAUGUCAGUACAUAAAGAUCAACAAACAGAAACACCUGCAGAAAACGAGAACAGCCAGUCUCAAGUUGAUGUCGAUCACCAGCAGAGUGCCGCCGUCCAACCCUCGCCGUUCAUGAGCCUCGGUCAGUUCAGUGACGUGUCACCUGAUCGAGACUCGACACUCUCAAGUUCUCAAGAUGGUUACAACUAUGAAAUUAAAUUAGAAACGUCCAUCGGAGCUUCUUCUGUUGUCAGCCUGGAGGUCGAUAACUACGCCCCAUAUUGGACUUCCAAACUAUCAACACCUCCACCUCCAGCCAGGCCGCGAGAGUUCAACAUUGAAGAAAGAAUACCGUUGUAUCUCCAUAACCUGGGUAUUGACCAGUCUCCCUCCACAAUCUUAACUCCGUUUGCACCCAAAGGACCAAUCAGAGAGCCUGAAUUCUCCCCCACUGAUCUCAGUACAAUAAAAGGAUCUAUUGGAACCCCCACCAAGAGCACGCAGCCCUCUGAAGGUGGCAGUCCUCAGAAAGGAGAGUUUUCAAGGUGCAGCGUUCUGUCAGUGGACUCCAGUGUGUCCAUACCUUUCAGCCUGGACAGUCUCGGCCCAGCUGUUUCUAUCCAAGAGCGACCGAGGCGGGCUUCUCCUUCAUCAGUUACAGAAGCUGUGCAGAGUGAACAAAGACGGGCUACGUCCUCUGAGCCUGAAGAGGACGCUCAUCCCUCCACGCUGCAAACCGCCCUGCAGCAGCAGAGAGGCAGCAGCUUCAGCAGCAGCCAGAAUACCAUCCGGUCGACUUUUCAAACGAGCCGCAGUCUAGAGGAGACCGCAGAAGACUCUUUUGUCAGCUCCAAUACCCUGUUUGAGAUACGGAAACUCCUCUCUCAGGCGGAGAACGUGGUGUCUGCCGGGUCUUCUGCGGCGUCCUCAGCCUCCCCUGCAGCCCCCCGUCUGCCCCCUGAUAACGACAUAUUCCUGUCUCUGAGGAAGACAGCCAGUGGGCCACAGGAGUCCUCAUUCUCCUCCUGGGCUGCUGAAGAUCCCAGAACUCGGUCCUCCACGCUGUGGGCAAGAUCCUCAUCCGACCCCCUGCUGGCUUCAGAUAAAGUGAGAGAGCGCUCCAUUGGUCGAGAGAGAAUGACAUCAUCAUCAUCGCAGACAAAUUUUCCAGCAACAGGUGCACACAGAAGGCAACAAGAUAACAUUGUUAGUAGAGACGCCGGGCUGUCCUUUGUCCUCUCCCAGUCAGCACGGCGGUCAGAGCCUGAGGGCUGCAGUGCUGCUCCUCCUGAUAACACCGUCCCUCCACAGCAACCAAUCACCAAGCCUUCACCAGCGCAGAGUGCAACACAGCUCACGUCUACUCCUGCUGCAGACACUACAGCUGUGACAGAGGAGGAAACUCAGACUCCUCCUCCGAGUCCUGUACAAAGCAGCUCCUCCUCAACCAUCCCCGAGGAUCAGAGCGUGAUGAGUGUUGGGAGCAGUGAGAGUUCGCUGGCUGUCAGAGUGGCCAAGUUACUGCAGAAUGAGUCUCCGUCCACCAUGGUGUCCAGUACAGCCAGCACUACUGACCAAGAGGAGAGACAAGCUAGAGAAUGGAUCAAGCUGAAGAUAUCCGGACAACAGUGUGAGCCUCUGGAGUUAGACAAAGAAGACAGACGACGGAUCGAAGAGAUCAAGAGAGAGCUGCUGUUAAAAGAUCCAAUCAAGAGUCCGAGGAGCACAGAUACUGAGAGCAGUGCAGCGUCCAGUGUUAGAAUGCCAAGUGGAAAGUUUCCAUCACAGCAGGUGGAGACGUUAACCUCCACGGCUGAUGCUAACAAACGACCAUCACAGCCGCAGCUCAACCUCAGCGCAAACGUCUCUGCCUCCAACAUUCACCUGCACGCCCCCCUUCCAUCAAAUCUAGAGGCUCAGGUUCGCGAGAUAGCCGCCAGAGAAGGGGUGACCCUCCCGAAGACAAACCCUCUGGCCCUCACGUCGAUCACAAUCGCCACCCGCAAACGCUCCACCUCCUCCUCGCCAUCCACGUCGCCUGCACCUCCCGUCAGUCCAGCGCCAGAGAUGCUCCAUCUAAACGAGCUCUCCACAGAAGCAGUGCAACAUGCUACGGCUAACAUCCACCUUCCCCACGGGGAGGAAGAAGACGGUGCCACCAGGAAUCUAAAUCUGAUUCCUCAGUCAGCACAGGGGAGUAAGAAGAGGCAGGACACUGUUGGAGGCCACGUUGAAGAAGCUCCUCCCCCCCUACAGGAGUUACAAACAGAGGAUUUAAAUGCCAAAGAUAAAACACAGCUUCACAGGCCAAAUGAAUCUGGAGUUGGUCCAGAACCUGGAUCAUCAACAGGUUCAUCCACCUCUGAUGUACCUCCCAGGAAAGGCCACAUAUCGCAUGUCCACCUCACUCUGUCCCCCAAAGCCUCCGAUCACAGCGCAGCCACCGCUGUCCACUCUGGUCCCACAGCGCCGCCACACGAGGAAUUCAUCCCCCUCAGACGCUCUCAUUCUGCCGCCAGCAGUCCAGACGAAGGCGUCGGUUUGUCCAGUCCACCAGAGUGGUACGACAGCAGAGACGCGGGGAGACCGAGAGUCACCUCCGCCCUCUUCAAACCCGCCGGGUCUCAGAGAAAGACGAGCACCACAUCAACCCAGUCCUUUAAACCACAUCAGGGGGUCAAGGUGUCAAUAAGCCCCUCAACAACUGAAACACCAGCUGUGCCUGUUCUGUUGCCUUAUAAACCCCGCGGCAGUGAGGAGCUCUUCUACGUCCCCCAAAGGAAAGCGGACUUCUCCUCCACAGACCGCUCUGACACCACCAUGGAGAGCUCCCACACAGGCUCAGAUGACGCUGUCCCACCUCGCUUCAGCAGUGAAGUCCUGGGACACAAAGACCCGGGGCUGGACCGUGGAGUCACCAUCAGACACAGCGAGGGAAUCUACAGCAAGAGGCUGAAAACCACAGCCUUCAAAAUGCAGGAGCCUGAACGCACAGGUGCCUCUGUAUCAGCGGACAAAACCCUAAAUACAAGUACGACUCCAGCUCCAGAGCCGUCCUCUCAGGUGUCAGUCGCCUUCACCAGAGUGCCUUUAUCCAGCAACCAAGAAACCUCCAGGAGAGACCAGGGGACCAGUCCUGUGCAGUUUCUCAGUUAUGAUCAUCCAGAGACACGCAGGGAGAGGAUUCAGUCAGGUGGUGUGGACUCAGACUCCAGCAGACUGAGCCACCACAGAGACCAAAGCUUCGUCCAUCAGGAGAGGAAGGACUCUGACCUCCCUCACCCCGCUGCCCAGCCGAGCAUCAGCAACCUGGACCAGCUCUGGCAGAGGUUCUGUGAUCGGUGGAGCCAGGAGGAGUCUCGACCGACCAGCGACAGAGAGGCGUCGCUGCUGGAGCGGCUAGAGCGCCUGUCACGUCUCAUUCACAGCACGAGAAGGACUGACUCUCCAGGGGGAAAUCAUCCAGGAGAAAUGUUAGGAAGGAGGGGAGAAGAUGCUGCAGGAAGAGAAAGAAAGAGGGACGUCAGAGAGGGGAAGAGGAGAGACGUGGAACCUCCCGUCCCUCGUCAGGCCCAGUCUCAGAAGGUUCAAGUCCAGGAAACUUCUGAACCUGCAGACGAGGAAACGCACGACUCCUUCACCUCCAACUUCUCUCAUAACUCCUCCCUGAGUCCUUACCUCUGCCCCGCCGACAGAGACGAGUCAGAGACUCUGUCCACCGCGUCCGGCUCCAUGUCCACUGUGGACACGGCGCGUCUGAUCCGAGCCUUCGGGCCUCACAGAGUUCAACACCUGAAGACAAACUCCAGCCUCAGUAAACUGUACAGCGCCAUCGACAGGCAGAAAGAAGGACGGGAGCAGAUGAGAGGAGGAAACAUCAUCACACCGUCAGAGACCACAGGAACAGAUGAAUCCACAGUUGAUGCUGAUUCUGCUUCAUCGACCAGCACUUACACCCUCCUGUCUCAGCACGGCCCCUCGAAGAGAGCAGUUAGAGGGGUCAACAAAGGCGUCCAGGCAGGCGACCUGGAGCUGGUCAGUAACGCGACUCGACGUCACACCAGAGAUGUUGGAACCACGUUUCCUUCACCCGCUGAAGCCAGAACCUCCCGGCCGAUCUCAUCCUCCUCAUCCAGCGUAGAGAGAGGAAGAGGAGGGAAGAGGAGCCUCUAUAAGACUCAGGGAUUACAGAAACACAGAAAGAGCAAGAAAAGCCAGACAAAGACUUUCCCUCAGGGUGUUUCCUGGUUCAUCUCUGCUGACGAGCUGAAGUCGGAGGCGAGGAAGGAGAACCAGCCAGAGGAAGAGGAGGCGGCGUGGAGGCAGAGCACCGCCUGGUUUGAGCCGUACAGCAGAAGCAAACCGUGGAGAGAACCGCUCAGACAGAGACAAGUCCACCAGGACAGAACAGAGCAGCAGAGCUUCAUACAUCAGGCCGAUCUCGAUUUAGAUCCAAGAGCUAAAAUGAUGUCUCCUAGUCUGGCUCGGGUUUCCCUCCAGGAGGCUCUGGAGAUGCGUCGCCCUGACUUCAUCUCUCAGUCCAUGCAGAGGGUGCAGCGUCUGGCUCUGCAGGCGGAGGACAGGAGGCUUCAGGCCGACUUCACAGAGAGAAGAGAGAGAGAAGAACUCUUCUGCCGCCCUGGAGGAACGGGGAGGCUACCGAAGCCUGCAGGCCCCGCUCUGCUCAGGAGAGCCGUACCAAGGAAAGAGAUGAUUCAGAGAUCCAAACAGAUUUACGAGAGUCUGCCGGAGGUGCAGAGGAGGAGAGAGGAGGAAAGAAGAAAGGCAGAGUAUCGAUCGUACAGACUCAACGCCCAACUUUACAACAAGAGAAUCACCGGCCACGUCCUCGGCAGAAGAACGGCGUGGCAUUGAUGGAACAGAUCAGUGACCUCUUUUUAAAUAGAUUAAAUGAACAAUGUGAAACCAGUUUAAAAUGUUUUAUAUUCAGAUCAAAACUACCUGAAAACUGCUUUUAUUUAUUGGUGAUCAAAUUGUUUUUAGGAUAAUGUUUGAAGUAGAUCUCGACUCAUUUUCUAACACAUCACUGGAAUGUUUUUUUAUCGGUCUAAAGUUGUUUUUUAUGUGAAAAUAAACCCGAUGUCUGCAGAUUCUUAAA